AUGCAGUGCAAUACGUUUUACAACCCCGAUGAUGGGGGAUCAUUUUUAGACACUGCCAGUCCAUUUAGUUUGAGUGUGAGAAACGAAACCAUUGUUUAUGAGCAAAGAGCCACCAAAGUUGUGAAAACCGUACCUGUGCAAAAAUUGAAAAACCCAGCGGGCAAUGUUUUUGAUGUAGUCACUUUGAAAAAUUCUUCUUGUAAAGGAGUUGGCAAGUGGGUCUCAGAUUCUACUUGGUUCCCUGGAUACAGUUGGAAAGCCUGUGUUUGCAACAAGUGCGGUCGUCAUUUGGGGUGGAUGUUUGAAGUCAAUUCAGCAGUUAAAGGAUCUUUACCUACCCAACCUACCAAAACUGGUUUCUAUGCCUUGAUUCGUGAUUAUAUUUUAACAGAGUCAGUUGCCCAGACAUUGACGUACGUGCCAAAAAUCUUCAGAGAAUAG